AUGACGACCAUGGCAAUGAGUGGCACGACCGCCAUGUCCGCACAGAAAUCGCCUGCAAAUGGACCAAAUCCCUCCACAACACCAACCCUAGCCCCAAUCUAUAAAAAGUGCAUCGCCUUCACGACGCCGCAAAACUAUGCGGAGAGGCUAUCUCACCUCAUUCAAAUCAAUGGUGCGGAACCCAUAUGGUGUCCGACCAUUGUCGUCGAGCCCACUCCACGAACCAGAGCUUCCAUUAGAAACUUCCUUCUCUCUUCACCGAGUCAAGGCGACAACGGCGCAUCCCGUCUCGAGGAUUUCUCCGCGAUCGCAUUCACGUCCAGGACAGGUAUCUUGGCAUUCGCAGAAUCCUUGGCUGAACUAGAAAAUCCCCCAUUAGCCCCAACCGACGGAGGUUUUACUGUCUCUGCUCUCGGGAAAGAUGCAGAGCUUUUAACGGAAGAAUUCCUCGCCAUGCUCUGUAAGAACCCGAAGAAUAGAAUUAGGGUUUUAGUACCUCCGAAGGCAACACCGUCAUCUAUGGUCGAAUCUCUUGGGGCAGGACAUGGACGGAGGAUUUUGUGUCCGGUUCCUCUUGUGGUUGGAAUCAACGAACCGCCGGUGAUCCCUGAUUUUCUUCGAGCUCUAUCUGAGAGGGACUGGAUUCCGGUAAGGGUAUCAGCGUACGAAACGAGAUGGGCUGGACCGAAUUCCGCUGAGGUUUUGUUGAGAAGGAAAGAGCGUUUGGAUGCCAUAGUAUUUACAAGUACGGGAGAAGUGGAGGGAAUGUUGAAGAGUUGCAGAGAUUUAGGGUUUGAUGAUUGGGGAACGGUAAGAGAGAGAUGGCCGGGAUUGGUUGUGGCAGCGCACGGGCCGGUUACCGCUUUAGGAGCAGAAAGAUUGGGCGUCGCUGUUGAUGUCGUGAGUUCGAGGUUUGAUCGCUUUGAGGGAAUCGUUGAAGCUCUUGCUCUGAAAUGGGGAAAACUCACCCCCGGCUCAUAG